UUGCAACGCGCCUGCCACGUUUCAGCGAGCGAUGAACAUGACGUUCUAGAAUUUUGUCAACAAGACACGGCUGACACGAAGGAUGAUUAACUUCUGCGUGAUCGUGUACAUGGACGAUAUCCUCGUCUACUCGGAGACCUAUCACGGGUACACACAUCACAUUGAGUGGACAUUGGGAGCAUUGAGAGACGCUGGGUUCAAGAUCGCGCUCGAGAAAAGCGAAAUUUUCCUCUCGGAAAUUUCGUUCUUGGGUUACGUCGUGACACAUGGAGGACUACGACCAGACUCAAGAAAGGUUGCGACAGUAAAAGAGGCCCCGGUUCCCACGUCACUGACGCAGGUUCGAGCCUUCCUGGGGUUAGCGUCGUACUAUUGGCGCUUCAUCAAGAGCUUUGCCGCGAUUGCACGGCCACUAACGAAUCUGCUACGGAAGGACCAGCCUCUCAGCUGGGACGCGGAGUGCCAGCAGGCCUUUGCAACCCUCAAGGACGCUCUGGCAACGACCCCUAUUUUGAUUCGGCCGGACCCCUCGAAGAAAUUCAUUCUCAUUAUGGACUGGCAACCGGAGACCAUUUCCGCUAUUUUAGCGCAGAAGGGGAACGAUGGCCGUGAACACGUCAUCGAGUACGCAUCGCGCACAGUGUCCGACGAGCGACGGAAUGACUCAGCACCUCAAGGCGAGUGCUACGCAGUAGUUUGGGGAAUUCAACAUUUUCAUCCGUAUCUCUACGGACAGAAGUUUCACCUCGUGACGGAUCACGAGCCACUGCUGGCUUUGAAGAAGCUCACUAACUACACGGGCAUGAUUGGCCGAUGGGCGGUGCGACUACAAGAAUACGAUUUUGACAUCGUUCACCGGAAGACAGAGAGACACGGCAACGCGUACGGGCUGACACGUCUGCAUCGACAUGCCAAGGCCUGGCGCACCAGCGUGGAGGGAGAGCUUCUCGCGUUUUUAUUUGGAACAGUGCGGCCCGACCAUCGAGAACUCAUCGCGCAAGAGCUCACGGUCCCCAUAGCGCAGCUGGCGGAUGAUCUCCCUCUCGACAUCAUCGCGCAAGACGACGAGCAUCCGGUUCCCCACGUGCUCUCUCGCACCUUGACACCGUACCUUCAGUGGUCGACUUGCGUAGAAGGAGCCGCAAAACGUAUUCCUCCGUCGCAGCAACAGUAUUUGGAUCCCCGUACGGCUCGCGAUCCUGCCUUCUUCGGGCACCCUACAGCGAAGCAGUUUGCUGCCAUUCGAGAAGAAGAGGAGGAAGAAGAGAGCACCGGGAGUGAGGAAGGGGAGGACGCGCGAGAAGAAGAUGGGGAUAGCGACGAAGUGCUCGGUGAAGAGGAAGAAACCCCCGAAGAAGAAAGCUAUAGCGAGCAUAGCGAGGGGGAACAAAGCGUAGAAGAAGAAGAAGAAGACGAGGAAGAAGAAGAGGGGCACGAAGAAGGGUCUGCUGGAUUGGAGUGGGAAACUGUGCCGGAAGAAGCACUACGUACGGGCACGGAGGCUGAAGAUCCCGAGGCGGCUCGCAAAAGAAGAGAGAUCGCGGCCGGGAAGGAGGAGUUAAAACUCGCGAGCGCGGCGAGUCUGCAGAGCCACGACGACCCGAACCGAGAUCCGGAGACGCCCCGUCCUGAAGAUGUCGACCUUGCGGCCACGAUUCCGACCCCAUCAGCGCGGCAACGGAGCCGAUCCCCCUCCUCCCCAACCCGUCCCCCAGUUCGCCGACGUACCGAUACGGGCGAUCGGCCUUCGUCCCCGAUCACUCUCUCGCCGUCCCCUUGAUUACCUCACCCUUUGCCAACUCACCACCCCCGUCACAUUCCCUUCCAAUCCGUUCCCCCGCGACACCUUCCGUC